AUGGCUCCAGAACCAGCACUGCUGAAGCGCAAACCGCGCGAGAAUGCGCACAUCUUCAACUUGGGAGUUCAGGGCAGGAAAACCGGCCUCACAAUUGCUGAUACCGGGAUCCGAGAUGAGCAUGGCUUUGAACCCAUAGAUGGCCUAUUCUCCUCACCAGAGAAAGGUAAAGAAGUGGCUGGAAAUGGCCGGAAUGCGAAUGCGACAAUAUCAAGUGAGGCGGAUAUGGAUGUGGGCGAGAGCACUAUCCCAGAACCUACCUCGGUCCUCACAGCACGAAAACAAGGAGCCAGUAUGCGAAUGCCUCCGCCCCGUUCCAAAUCUCCGAUUAAAACGUUCUUACAAUCACCAGCAAGAAGAAAUCCGUCACUGGGCCUUGGUUCUUCCCCGACCCGUGCUGCAUCACAAGGAGCUUCAUCAUCUGCCUUAGUUCGACGGAGAUUAGAUUUCUCGAGUAACAAUCUCGAUCCGAAUGCAUCAGAUUCCAUAAUCACGAACGGGACGCCGCAGACGCGAGGAGAUUCGAAAGCUCCUGUAAAGAAGUCUACGGGCAUACGAUCAGCAGGACAAAAUUCCACCAGCGACGAUGAAGAUGACCAGGAUAAUACUACUGACGCGCCUGAUAAUAAUGGUCUUGGGAAUGAAGGAGACUCGUUUCAAGUAACAACUGGUGGAGAUGAUGAAGAACCUGAUGCUCCAGUUGACGAACCACAAGAAGCCUCCGAUCCUGAGCCUGAACAGGAGCCUGAACCAACAAAGAAGGGGAGAGGAAAAGCUAAGGCUAAGGAGUCUGAGGCUGUGGAAGAGCCCCCGAAGAAAGGAAAAGGCCGAAGGAAACGAGAUUCUAAUCCGCAAGUGGAGCAAGAUGAGGAUGAACCACCUUCGAAGAGAUCCAGGCGGUCCAUUGAGGGGGCUAAGUCUGUUGCUAAGCCUGCAGUCAAAGCCAAGGCUAGCAAGGCCAGCAAAGCGACAACUGCUGACAAGGCAGCAAAACCAAAACCUAAAGCGACAGCUAAGAAGUCUAAAUUGGCCCCAAUAUCGGAGGCGGAAUCUCCAGAGAUUCAGCGUGGGCCUCCUAUGCCCAGAAAUAAUCGCGGAUUGAUUAUCCUCCGACGCGAGACCCCGAUGGAAGGAAAUGCCUUCAAGCAAACGCGUUCGGGCCGGAAUUCUAUCAAGCCGGUUGCGUGGUGGAAAAACGAGAGGAUCGAGUACUCAGAAGACGAAAAUGAAUAUUAUAAUGGCGGAAAGUUUCUGCUGCCUAGGAUCAAAGGGGUCGUGCGAGCAGAUGAGGUCGAGGAGCGACGGACGAAGAAAUCUCAUCGUAAGCCAAGCAAGAGCAAGAAGCCAGCUGCAGCAGAGGCGGCUGAAGACGAAGACGACGAGGCGGAGCCUUGGGAAAUCGAACCUGGCCGUUUCGUAGGCGGGAUACAGACCUGGGACCCAGAAGACCCGACUGGAGUUGACGCAGAUGAGGUGGAGGAAGAGAUCGCUCUAUCAUCAGCAGCCAUCAUCACACGGGACGUAGCCAACGCCUCGUUCCGCUUCGCCAAGACGCUCAGCCUCCCCUUCUUCGGCUCGGGCAUGGUCGACCUUCCGCCGGGAGCCGUCAAGAAGCCGAAGAACUCCCGCAUGAUGCAGAUGGUCUUCUUCGUCUUCUACGGCCGCGUCGAAGUCACCGUCAACGGCAACGCAUUCCGCAUCGGCAAAGGCGGGAUGUGGCAAGUUCCUCGCGGUAAUUUCUACAGCAUCUCCAACGAUUACGAUAAACCAGCACGCAUCUUCUUCUCUCAAGGCUGCGAAGUCAUCGAAGAAGCUACAUCAGCCAGUCAAUGA